CUUGUGUCCUUCCCUGCUCAGGAUCCCUCACAGAAGAACAACAGAAAAGAAAGUUCUUUUAUUUUUUCUGCUUGCAAUUGAAAUAGAAUAGAAAGAAAAAAAGAAUUAUGCAUUAUUUCUUAAUUUCAGAUAUUUAGGGUUUUGGGUUUUUGACUUAAUCGUGGUAAUCAGAUUCAACGGUUGUGCUUUAUCGUCUGUGACAAGAAAAAUAAUGCCUCGAGCAUCAAAGAGAAAAGCGGACCCACCGAACUCCUCCUCCGUCACAUCAUCUGCUGACUAUCGUGCUGGACUUUCUUGUGAGUUGAGGGUGACAAGGAGUUACUAUGGCAUGCAAUUGUAAGAUCAGAUUAACGGGGACUGGACGGAUAGAUUGCCUAUUUGGUACAUAUGCAAAUAGCUCAUUAGGCAUGAUUGACCCAGAAGGAAUUGAGGCUUUGUGUUCAGAUAUGAAAGUCGCAUAUACUGAUGUCAGGAUCUUGAUGCUUGCAUGGAAAAUGAAAGCUCAAAAGCAGGGCUUUUUCACUCUGGAAGAGUGGCGGACAGGCUUAAAGGCCCUUCAGGCUGAUUCUCUGAUUAAACUAAAGAAAGCACUUCCAAAACUGGAGUUUGAGGUAGGGACAGCAGAAAACUUUGAGGAUUUCUAUUCUUAUGCAUUUCGAUAUUGUCUUACAGAAGAGAAGCAAAGAAGUAUAGACAUUGAGAGCAUUUGCGAAUUAUUGAAUAUUGUACUUCGUCCUCACUUCUGUUCCAAGGUUGAUUCUUUGAUGGAGUAUCUAAGGAUCCAGAGUGAUUACAAGGUGAUAAACUGGGAUCAAUGGAUGAGUUUUCUUCGUUUUUUCAAGGAGAUUAGCUUUCCGGAUUUUAAGAACUAUGAUGACAAUGAUGCUUGGCCCUUGAUCUUGGACAAUUUUGUUGAUUGGAUGAAAGAAAAGCAUAGAUAGUUUUAGGAAUUCUAUGGCCAACUCUGUCCCCUGCUUUUUUAAGUAAAAUUCUGAAACAUUAAGGGAUUUACCGGAGUCCCAACUAAUGGAAGAAUUUCUAUAAACAAGUGUGUGAUACCAAAGAAAAGUCCUGCCGACCUCAAGGAAUUCAGUAAAUAUGAUUGUUUGUUUUGCUGAGUUUCUUAGCUAUCUACUUUUACAAACAAGGGAAGACAAAGGGACUGAUUGCCUAAUGCAUUUAAAAUUUUGCAAGAAGGCUUAAACAACUGCAUUUUGGUAUCAAGUUUUAGGUUUGAAGUGGAUCACCCCGUUAAUGCAAGUGUAUGUGAAGCUCAAUUGCUUCUCAAUGAAAUACACAAAACUCUUUCUCCACAUUGAUUUCCUGGAGAGACACCUUUUCAAUGAAACUCACUUGUCCGGCUUCUGUU